AAGGAAAUAAGCACUACUCGUGCAUUUUAAUUAUCAAGUCUAUGAGAGUAAAUUAACUCUAGAUAUUAUUUUUGCAUUUCCUUUUUCUUACCCUCUCCAGUGAAGCUUCCGUCGAUUGAUGGCGGCGGGGUAGAACACUACUCUUCAAAAGAUGCGCAACCUCAAAACCGUGCGACUCACCGAGGUGCAGCUCCAGAACGAGCUCCCUUUGACAUCAUCAGCUUGGGAUACAGCUUCGGAUGCUGUCGUUUGUACAUUUGGACCUACCGCGUCUAACCCAGUCAUUGAGCUUCGCAGGAAACGUCAUGACGCCUAUUUUUCAGAGCCCGUAGGAGCGGAUGCAUUCGAGUGCAUUGCAUCCUGGGAUGCGCCAUGCCCACUACCCGACCUGGAAUGCGACCGGGUUCUCUCUUUGCACUACUUUGCAGACAACCUCACUGCCUGUCUGGUGUUGGAAGGAGGUGACAUUAUCAUUGUCCGUGAAGAGCCCCUUCCGGGCGAGGACAAGAUUGAGAUUGUGGGUAGUGUUGAUGUUGGCAUCACAGCUGCUGCAUGGUCUCCGGAUGAGGAGCUGCUGGCCUUGACUACCAGAGCCAAUACUUUCCUUUAUAUGACGAGGGAAUUUGAGAAUGUGGCUGAAAUCACUUUCGCGCAAGAGGACCUCCAAGCCUCUCAGCAUGUCUCCGUGGGCUGGGGAAAGCGCGAAACCCAGUUCCAGGGUAAACGCGCCAAAGCUCUUCGGGAUCCCACUGUCCCAGAGAAGGUGGACGAGGGAAAGCUAAGUAGCAGUGAUGACGGAAAGACGACCAUCACUUGGCGUGGUGAUGGUGCAUACGUCGCUGUGAAUAGCAUCGAGGCUGGCGUCAGACGUGCGAUCAGGGUUUACUCAAGAGAGGGAACCCUCGACAGCAUCAGCGAGCCUGUGGAUGGACUAGAAGGUGCUCUGAGCUGGAGACCUUCUGGCAAUCUUAUCGCGAGCAUUCAGCGACGUGAUGACAGGGUUGACGUCGUCUUCUUCGAAAGAAACGGCUUGCGCCAUGGAGAGUUCACCUUACGCCUCACCGAAGAAGAACGUUCGACUUGGGCUACGAACAUUCAUCUAAGCUGGAAUGUUGACUCAACGGUACUUGCGGUCCAAUUCCACGACAGAAUCCAGUUCUGGACAACCGGCAACUAUCAUUACUACCUCAAGCAAGAAAUCCCCAUGGUAGUGAACGCCGAGUAUCCGUACCCCUUUGUCUUCAAAUGGCACCAGGAGAAGGCCCUGCGGUUUAUUGCUGGGGCUUUAGCGUCAAUGUUGGAUGUGGACUUUGUUUUCGACGUGUCUCAGGGCUCCACCACCAGUUCAGACGAUGUCGGUGCUGUUGCUGUCACUGACGGGAAAACUCUGAAGUUGACCCCCUUGAGGCUGGCGGGAGUCCCUCCCCCAAUGGCUCACAAUGAGUUGACGCUAGACUCGAACAUUAUUGAUGUGGCGUUCAGCAAGUCAGGAACACGGAUGGCUGUUCUUAUGAAAGAUUGCUUUUCUAUCUUCCUUUGGUCUCUCAAAACGAGACCAGUCGUUUCGCCAAUCCUCGAGUCGAGCUAUCCGCUGUCAGAAACGCCAGACAGCCGACCCCGACAAAUCGCCUUCGCAAACGAACAUGAAGUUUACAUCCUAAAGGACAAUGGUCCGAACAAUACCCAUAUUGAACGUACUGCUCUAGAGACUCGUUCGACCCAGAUUGUGUAUCAGGCAGCGGACUCGGAGCAAAUUCUGUCCAUUUUCACGUCUCUGGGACACGAUGCUCUGUGGUUUUCCCAUGUCAAAGCACCUAACCAGCCGAUCACUUACUCCUAUAUCUCGAUGCCUUCCUCCGAUGAGUUCCAGGUUUUACCCUGGCUCGAAAGCCCGACUGUCGACACCUACUGGGCCAAGGCGGUGCAGGUUUCUGAGGACGAGAAUGUCUUGGUCACCAUGGCACGAUCAGGAGCUCUGUAUGCCAACAAGCGGCUCCUCGCGAAGAAUUGCACUUCCUUCCUCGUUACGCAGGCCCACAUCCUGUUCACAACAUCCCUACACCUUAUCAAGUUUGUUCACUUGACUGCAGCGGAAGAGAUGGAUAUACCUCCGGACACUCCUGAGACCGACGAACGCUGCAGAAGCAUUGAACGUGGCGGACGUCUAGUGACAGUGAUGCCCACAACAUUUGCCGUCAUCUUGCAGAUGCCUCGUGGCAACCUGGAGACCAUCUACCCCAGAGCUCUGGUCUUGGCCGGCAUUAGAACAUUCAUUGAUCGGAAGAACUACCGGGCUGCAUUCUUGACCUGCCGUAGUCAGAUGGUGGAUAUGAAUAUCAUUCACGACUAUGCCCCAGAGCAGUUCAUGGAGAACAUUCAGUUGUUCGUGGAUCAGGUGAAAAGGAUUGAUUUCAUUGAUGAGUUUAUCUCUCGCCUAAGUGAGGAGGACGUCUCGGAGACUCUCUACAAAGACACCUUGAAGGCGCCCAAGGCAGAUAUCACGCAACCUGGACUUGUUGCACCAGCACUCAGCAAGGGCAGCAAGGUCAACCGAAUUUGCGACGCCUUUUUGUCUACCUUGGAGAAGCGUCUGGAUACCAACCUGCACAACUUGAUUACCGCGCAUGUUUGCAAGUCACCGCCAGAUCUUGAGUCCGGUCUGCAACUGGUUGCACGCCUGAGAGAACAAGCACCGGAACAGGCAGACGACGCAAUCGAACAUAUGUGCUUCUUGACAGAUGCGAACCAAUUGUACGACAACGCACUGGGUCUCUAUGACCUUGAGCUCACCUUGCUCGUCGCUCAGCAAGCCCAAAGGGAUCCCCGUGAAUAUCUGCCCUUCUUGCGCAAGCUGCAGCAGCUUCCGGAACUUCGCCGCUACUUCGAGAUCGACAACUACCUGGGACGGACAUCCAAGGCUCUCAAGCAUCUGCAUGCUCUCAGCGCCCAUGACGAAAUCCGGGCAUACACAAUCAAGCAUGUUCUGUACAAGGAUGCCAUCGACCUCUACAAGUACCAGGCCGAGCAGCUCCGCGAUACCACCCACCUUUACGCCGACUAUCUAUUCGAUCGGUCCCAAUACAAGGAAGCCGGUAUCGCCUACGAAUCCCUGGAGCUCUACACCGACGCCUACAAAUGCUACCACCUAGCCCACCUAUGGCGCGAAUCCCUCUACUGCGCAAUGAUGGUCCCUCUCUCCCCCACCGAGCUAGCCAACCACGCAACCACCCUAGCCAGCACCCUCACCGAAGAAUCAAAGGACUACAUCUCAGCAGCCCAAAUCCACGCUGACCAUCUCCGCGACAUCCCCACCGCCGCCCGGCUCCUCUGCCGCGGCUCGCGGUUCUCAGAAGCGACUCGCCUCCUCGCCCUUAACAACCAGCAAACCCUUAUCCCCGAGAUCGUCGACUCCGGCCUCGCCGACUCAAUGGGCUCAAUGACCGAUCUCCUCGCCGACUUCCGCUCCCAACUCAACGCCCAAGUGCCCCGGAUCCGCGAACUGCGCGUCCGACGCGCCACCGACCCCCUCGCCUACUUCGGAGGCGACCCUACCAUGGGCGACGGCACCGGCGUCGACAUCCCUGACAACGUCUCACUCGCGCCCACCGAUGCAUCCACGCUCGCGGGCCGGAGUAUGUUCACCCGGUAUACCGGGAACACAGGGAAAACCGGGAAGACGAGCUCAUCGCGGCAUACGUCUAAGACGCGGAGAAAGGAGGAGCGGAAGCGCGCGCGUGGUAAGAAGGGCACUGUCUAUGAGGAAGAGUACUUGGUGAACAGUGUGCGACGACUGCUUGAGCGGGCGAAUUCGACGGUCGGAGAGGUCGAGGUCCUUGUUGAUGCGUUGCUGCGGAGGAACAUGCGGGAGCGGGCCGCUGCGAUUGAGAAGGCCAUGCAGGAGGUGUUGAAAUUGUGUGCGGAGAGUCGGGAGGAGGUGUUUGGGGCUUUGGUUCCCGAGGCGGCGAAGGAAGGGGAGGAGGGCGAUAGAGAGAAUGUUGAUGUUGGAGCUGCGGCUGGGGAGGAGUUCCCUGGGGCUGGGGCUCGCGGGGGACAAAGUGUGUUUUGGGAUAGUGUGACGGCUACGGCGAAUGUUGGGAAGGGUCGUGAGGUCCCGGCCGUUAAAGAGAUGAAGGUGUCGGCGCUGUUGAAAUGAGGUGACGGAGCAGGGGGGUUGCAUUUAAUUUUGUUUUAUUUUAUUUUGCGAUAAGUUCAUCAAAAGUCAUAGAUUUGAAAUUAAGGGAAUCAGGC